AUGAUCCAAUUAUCUUCUGACCUUGGGCUCAAGCUCUGUGUGGGGGCAUUUCUAUUAAGUUCACUAUUCCUUACUACCUCCUACAAUACCACAUUCGCUUUUGAUCGCCCGCUCAGUACAUCUGCCCUAGUAUGCUUCCUUACGGGGUUGACUCUUUUGGUAUCGAGUCGGUUCGUUUCAUUGGGAUCGACACCGUUAUCGCCGACAAGUAAACGGCCAGCUAUCCCUCUCGCAGAGCAAUUUGAGCUUCCUUCCCGUGCAUCGACGUCAUCUUUCUCACUGGGCGAUGUCGAGACUCGCCCUCGGCUACGGUUUAAGUCAUGGUGGAUGAAACUCGGUCUCUUAUUGGGGCUGUGUGGCUUACGGAUCGAAUCAUUUCGCAAAAUAACUCAGAAUACUGAAUGCGCGCCCGCUGGAUACGCUUACGCUAUUCCUUUCGUUAUUUCAAUCUAUGACUACUGGCGCAACCAGCGAUCACGUCAAGUGGACAGAUAUGUCCCUACCCAACGAUUCGAACAGCUGCCGCUACAGGUGGUUUACUCUGUUUCCCGCCGGUGCUUAUAUUAUCUUACGCAAAGUCGCUUCAGAGGGUUAACCGCAGCCGCAUUUUUGUCGGUUGGUGCGCUCUUGGCUUCAUCUUUCUCGGCUGGAACUCGGUCGACCUAUAUUUGUCCUAUUGUGUUACAUGGCGCAUCCCGUCUACGAUCAUACAAGCUGUUCAACCUGUUAGCUGAUUCUGUUAUACUUAUCGGUAUUACGGAGAUAUGUCGGGUUGGCACUCAAUUUGAUGAUGUGCGCAGAAAACGAACCUUGACAUUCCUUGGAGCUGGUCUCUUGGGUCUUUCGUUGGGGAGUACUAUAUAUUACUUGGUAUCAGAUAGCUCUCCUGAACUCGCCGGUCAAUCCGUGUUGGAUCUAGAGUACUCACGCGGCGCUUUCAGCCAGUCUGUGUUGGUUCUAAUACUGGUCUUUUCGGCCUGGCAUAUGUUACCGCAUUUCGACCUCCUUGGAUUGUCAAUUAUAGGCGGUUUCAUGAUCGUCUACUUCUCCACUUUAUCGGUCCUUACCGAACAAUCACCCUUCCCAUUUAUCUCUCUAACUCAUGCUGUUUUGCCGUUUGCUGCGUCUUUGACGGGUGCUAUCCUAUUCCUUCUUGCGCGGGUGGUUCAUGACGAAGAGCCGAAAUUAUACCGCACUAAUGUUGCCAUACAACUAUUGUUCGCCGUGAUGUGUGGCGUUAGUCUAUUUUUUGCAGUGAGCAAGCAUCGUCUUGCUGAUAUACACCCGAUUGAGUUCCUCAUCAACGACGGCCAAUUUCAACAUGACAACUAUCUCGCUCAGGCAUCUAGGAGCAAGACUCUUGGGGAUGCUGUUACCGAGUACCGGAGGCGAUAUAACCAGCAUCCACCACCGGGUUUUGACAAAUGGUAUCAAUAUGCCACUAGCCGGUCGUCAGCCGUCAUCGAUGAUUUCGAUCAGAUAUACCACGACCUACAUCCAUUCCGAGCCCUGGCUCCGGGGCACAUCCGCGCGAUGACUCACGAACUAGCCACAAACCCUUUCAAUGACCUCGGUGGGAUCAUAAUUCGCAACGGCACGGCAAUGGUGCAAGAAGGCAUCAAGCCAACCCAUGCAUGGAUGGUGGCGGGUGCCGUGGAUAUGAUGAAGAAUUUCACCCAAUAUCUCCCGGAUAUGGACUUGGUACUCAAUCUGAAUGAUGAACCACGUGUUGCAGUUCCAUGGGAGAAAAUAUCAACUUUGAACCAACAAACUGAAAUGCAAGAAAUGAUCCCUAAAGAGCGCAUGGUGCAGGCUUGGUCGACCGACCGAGGGGAUGGUUGGGGCCCGAUUGAACCCGCCGAUCAAACCAACAUUACCGUAUUCACUGACGGGGCGUGGAGAGGUGUAUUUGACCCUUAUGUGAGCGCUGUCUGUCCAUAUUCAUCGAAAGCGCGCUCUCAGCGAAUCUGGAAUCGUCGUGAGACUUGUCUCUCGUGCGUGGCUCCUCAUUCCAUGGGCCAAUUCCCUCUAGAUUCCAACAUCGCCUCCGAAAUCUGCCACCAACCCGACCUUGCCUUCCUCCACGGUCUCCUAAUCUCCCCGGCCUCAUUCAAGGUGUCACAGGAACUCAUCCCGGUAUUCAGCCAAAGCGCUCUCGCCGGAUUCAACGACAUCCUCUUUCCAAGCCCAUGGAACUACAUCGACAAGGUAAAAUACCAACCCACCCACGAACACCCAGAUCCAGAAUACACCCACAAAGAGAACUCCCUCUACUGGCUCGGUAGUACCUCCGAAGGCGUCAGCCGCUUCGGCGAAUGGAAAGGCAUGCCACGGCAGCGCUUCGCCCAUCUGAUAAACAACAACACCAACAACCAAGUCUCCGUCCUCCUCCCGACAGACUCUAAUGAAAACUCCUUCCGCUACGAGAUAAUGGACGGCAACGCCCCAAUCUCAGAUCUCGGUCUCCAAACCGCCGUCCACAUCGCCGACCCAAUCAUCCGCUGUGAUGAUUGCGACGAACAAGCCUCGGAAUUCGCCACCGCAGGCUGGGCAGACUUCCAAGCACACUGGUCGCACCGCUUCCUCUUUGACCUCGACGGCGCAGGUUUCAGCGGCCGAUUCCUCCCUUUCCUACACAGCCGCAGUCUGCCCCUCAGAACAGGUCUGUUCCGCCAGUGGUUCGACUCCCGCGUUACCUCGUGGUUGCAUUUCGUCCCUGUUGAUAUCCGUCUCCAUGGGCUGUGGAGUACCCUCGCGUACUUUGCAGGCGUACCUGCUGCUGCAUCCGAGGAGAGUGGUCCUGAUGCCCCGCAGAUGCGUAUGAAGGCGCAUGAUCAGCAGGGGAAGUGGAUUGCAGAGGAAGGGAGGAAGUGGGCGAGUACGGCGUUGAGGAAGGAGGAUAUGGAGAUUUACUUCUUCCGGUUGCUUUUAGAAUGGGGUCGGCUUACGGAUGAUCAGCGUGAUGUUCUUGGGUUUGGGAGUUGA